AUGCUCUGGGCACUGGUCCUGCUGGCCAUGGGGACGUGGCCCCACACUCAUGCUGGCAACCAGGAUGAAGACGCGUACUUCGACCUUUUCAGCAUCAGCAACAUCAACCGGAAGACCAUUGGUGCCAAGCAGUUCCGAGGGCCCGAUCCCGGUGUGCCAGCCUACCGCUUCGUUCGGUUUGACUACAUCCCACCAGUGAACGCCGACGUGCUCAGCCAGAUCGCCAAGGUCAUGAGGCAGAGGGAGGGCUUCUUCCUCACAGCCCAGCUCAAGCAGGACCGCAAGUCCAGGGGUACGCUACUGGCCCUGGAUGGCCCUGGCACUGCGCAGCGGCAGUUCGAGAUUGUCUCCAAUGGCCCCGCAGACACCCUGGACCUCACCUACUGGGUGGACGGCACCCCGCACAUCCUGUCACUGGAGGACGUGGGCCUGGCCGAUGGCCAGUGGAAGAAUAUCACCGUGCAGGUGGCAGGCGAGACCUAUAGCCUACAUGUGGGCUGUGACCUCAUUGACAGCUUCACGCUGGAUGAGCCCUUCUAUGAGCACCUGCAGGCAGACAAGAGCAGGAUGUACGUGGCCAAGGGUGCUGCCCGAGAGAGCCACUUUCGGGGUUUGCUUCAGAAUGUCCACUUAGUUUUUGAAAAUUCCGUGGAAGAUAUUCUAAGUAAGAAAGGCUGUCAGCAAGACCAAGGAGUUGAGAUCAACGCCAUCAGUGAGAACACAGAGACACUGCACCUGAGCCCCCACGUGGCCACAGAGUACGUGGGUCCUAGUGUGCCGAGGCCGGAGGUGUGCCAGCGCUCCUGUGAGGAGCUGGGCAACAUGGUCAGCGAGCUCUCUGGGCUGCGCCUCCUCGUGACUCAGCUCGGCGAGAACCUCAGGAAAGUGUCAAACGAUAACCAGUUCCUCUGGGAGCUCAUCGGUGGCCCCCCGAAGACGAGGAACAUGUCAGCGUGCUGGCAGGAUGGUCGGUUCUUUGCAGAGAAUGAGACGUGGGUGGUGGACAGCUGCACCAAGUGCACCUGCAAGAAAUUUAAGACCAUUUGCCACCAAAUCACCUGCCCACCAGCCACCUGUGCCAACCCGUCCUUUGCAGAAGGAGAGUGCUGCCCCUCCUGCCUCCAUGCGAUAGACAGUGAGGAGGGCUGGUCUCCGUGGGCAGAGUGGACGGAAUGUUCCGUCACGUGUGGCUCGGGAACUCAGCAGAGGGGCCGGUCGUGCGAUGUCACCAGCAACACCUGCUUGGGGCCCUCCAUCCAGACUCGGGCGUGCAGCUUGAGCAAGUGUGACACCCGCUUCCGGCAGGACGGUGGCUGGAGCCACUGGUCACCCUGGUCUUCGUGCUCUGCGACCUGUGGCGUUGGCAACAUCACACGCAUCCGCCUCUGCAACUCUCCGGUGCCCCAGAUGGGGGGCAGGAACUGCAAGGGGAGUGGCCGAGAGACCAAGGCCUGCCAGGGCGUCCCCUGCCCUGUUGAUGGCCGCUGGAGCCCCUGGUCGCCAUGGUCAGCCUGCACUGUCACUUGCGCUGGGGGCAUCCGGGAGCGCACGCGCGUCUGCAACAGCCCCGAGCCUCAGCACGGAGGGAAGGCCUGCGUGGGGGAUGUGCAGGAGCGCCAGAUGUGCAACAAGAGGAGCUGCCCCAUAGAUGGGUGUCUGUCCAAUCCCUGCUUUUCCGGUGCUGAGUGCAGCAGCUUCCCUGAUGGGUCCUGGUCAUGUGGCUCCUGUCCUGUGGGCUUUCUGGGCAACGGUACCCACUGUGAGGACCUGGAUGAGUGUGCUGUGGUCCCCGACGUCUGCUUCUCCACCGGCAAGGCACCCCGCUGCAUCAAUACCCAGCCCGGCUUCCACUGCUUGCCCUGCCCACCACGCUACCGAGGUAGCCAGCCCAGUGGGGCUGGCCUGGAGGCAGCCAGGACAGAGAAGCAGGUGUGUGAGCCUGAGAACCCAUGCAGGGACAAGACACACAACUGCCACAGGCAUGCAGAGUGCAUCUAUCUGGGCCACUUCAGCGACCCCAUGUACAAGUGUGAGUGCCAAACAGGCUAUGCGGGCGACGGGCUCAUCUGUGGAGAGGAUUCGGACCUGGAUGGCUGGCCCAACCUCAACCUGGUGUGCGCCACCAAUGCCACCUAUCACUGUGUCAAGGAUAACUGCCCCCAUCUGCCUAAUUCUGGACAGGAAGAUUUUGACAAGGAUGGAAUUGGUGAUGCGUGUGAUGAUGACGAUGACAAUGACGGAGUAAAUGAUGAGAAGGACAACUGCCAGCUCCUCUUCAACCCCCGCCAGUUUGACUAUGACAAAGAUGAGGUUGGGGACCGUUGCGACAACUGCCCUUAUGUUCACAACCCUGCACAGAUUGACACCGACAACAAUGGGGAGGGAGAUGCCUGCUCCGUGGACAUCGAUGGGGAUGAUGUUUUCAAUGAACGAGACAAUUGUCCCUACGUCUACAACACUGACCAGAGGGACACUGACGGCGACGGUGUGGGAGACCACUGCGACAACUGCCCCUUGGUGCACAAUCCUGACCAGACUGAUGUGGACAAUGACUUGGUCGGAGACCAGUGUGACAACAACGAGGAUAUUGAUGAAGACGGCCACCAGAACAACCAGGACAACUGCCCCUACAUCUCCAAUGCCAACCAGGCUGACCACGACAAUGACGGCAAGGGUGACGCCUGUGACGCUGAUGAUGACAAUGACGGCAUCCCCGACGACAGGGACAACUGCCGGCUGGUUUUCAACCCAGACCAGGAGGACUCCGAUGGUGAUGGGAGGGGUGAUAUUUGCAAAGAUGAUUUUGACAAUGACAACGUCCCGGAUAUUGAUGAUGUGUGCCCUGAAAACAAUGCUAUCAGCGAGACCGACUUCAGGAACUUCCAGAUGGUCCCCUUGGACCCCAAAGGGACCACCCAAAUCGAUCCCAACUGGGUCAUUCGCCACCAAGGCAAGGAGUUGGUGCAGACGGCCAACUCGGAUCCUGGCAUCGCUGUAGGUUUUGACGAGUUCGGGUCUGUGGACUUCAGUGGCACGUUUUAUGUCAACACUGACCGGGAUGAUGACUAUGCAGGCUUUGUCUUUGGCUACCAGUCGAGCAGCCGCUUCUACGUGGUGAUGUGGAAGCAGGUCACUCAGACCUACUGGGAAGACCAGCCCACUCGGGCUUAUGGCUACUCGGGUGUGUCCCUCAAGGUGGUGAAUUCCACCACGGGCACUGGUGAGCACCUGCGGAAUGCGCUGUGGCACACUGGAAACACGCAGGGGCAGGUGCGGACCUUGUGGCAUGACCCCAAGAACGUGGGUUGGAAGGACUACACGGCCUAUCGGUGGCACCUGACUCACAGGCCCAAGACGGGUUACAUCAGAGUUUUAGUGCAUGAAGGAAAACAGGUCAUGGCAGACUCAGGACCUAUCUAUGACCAAACCUACGCUGGUGGGCGACUGGGCCUGUUUGUUUUCUCUCAAGAAAUGGUCUAUUUCUCGGACCUCAAGUACGAAUGCAGAGAUGUCUAAGUGAGAUCUUCUGCAUUACAACUAUGCCUUGUACAUGCUGUGGUCCUGAGACUUCUCAGUUCAUCGUGGUCCUUGCAGCUUCUCUCUUCAGCAGCACCUCUUGUCCCUUGACCUUAACUCUCAUGGUUCUUCACCUCCUGUCAUCAACCCCAAACCCAAGUGCCUUCAGAGGAGAAAUAUCAAUAGAAUCCUAAGAUGAACGUCUGACCUGCUAGAGGAACCAGUGUGAUGAUGUGUGAGACUUUCUGUGGAGGGAACAUCAGGCAUGACAUCGCCUUGCUUUUUCUUGUUUGUUUAAAAAGAAUGACGUUUACAUAUGAAAUGUAAUUACUUAUUGUAUUUAUGUGUAUAUGGAGUUGAAGGGAAUAUUGUUCAUAAGACAUCAUCAUAAAUUAAGCAUGAAAAAUAUUGCUAAACUAC